AUGGCUUUGAGCCCCACGGUCGAGCAGCUUCACGGUGUCUCACGCAUCUCGCACGAUGAACUCCAAGCACCGGAGGAAUGUGGUCGCACGGUGGUCGCACGGUGGUCCUGUGAUAUGACCAGCGAUUCGCCAUCUUCAAGAGAUGUUCCAUCAGAGGAUGGGCGCUGUGUCAUGAGAAAGAACACCUUCCCCCUGCGGAGAACGGCGGGGGACGUCACGUGGGCAACGGUGACGCCACAGGAGAUGCAGCGCCUGGAGGAAAAGCAGGUGGAGGCGCGGCGGCUUUUGGAGGAGAAAGUGGAGAAGGUCUCCCAGCAAUUGGCGCAGGUGCCAGAAAGACGGACGCUGCUGGAAGCGCCAGUGCAACGAAGUCAAGACAUGCUGGCUGUCUCCCUGGAGAGUGCCUCAGACGAGGCGGCACGGCACAGGGCAAAGGCUGCAGAGGAGUGGAGCUAUGCUGAGAGACAUGCCGCAUGGUACUCCUUGUUGUGCGUCGUGCCCACUGCCGCCGCUCUGGAGAACGCCGAAUUGGUGAAGCUUUCCCAUCACUUGGGCAGGCAGUUCCAUCAACGGUUGCAGGAACCGGUGCACGUGGACUUCGGGGAGGUCCUGCGGGAAGUGAAGAAGACCCACUCAGCUGUCUCCUCGGAUUUCCGCAUGGUUUUGGGUGAGAUCGGCAAGAUCCAGCAGGCCCUCCACUUGGACUUUGCGCGGACCCCUGGAAGCCAUCCCGGGUUCCACCCAGCCCGGGUUCGACCCAUGAAAGAUUUCCGGGCUUUGGUGCCCUUCGCUGUGGCCAUCCUCUUCAUCGUCGUCUAUUUCACAGCCGCCGGGGUGCGAAUGGGACGUGGAAUGGAUGCGUUCACGCGUGCGCAGAGGGUGCUGCUGGUCCGCUUUGAAGACACCUUAGUGGCCCCGCCCACGCAGCGCGUGACCCGGGAUAUCUCCGUGGUCCGACUGCCUCGGCUCUACUUCUGCCCGGCGGACCGAUACCGACACGAUCGCUUGAUUUGGAAUUCCUACGACUGCUCAUUGAACUACAAGACAGAGAGUGACAAGUGCAGCGCACGGAUCCAGCACUUUGGAGGUGAAGAGCCCGAGACCUUCAAACAUGGUGCCAACUGGUCCUCAGCAUGUUUGGAGUUUGGCACUCACAAAAUCGGUGUGAAGCAGGAAUGGAGUGCCGCUUGGAAUGAGAUCUCCUUGAAGGCAGCCUUCCUUUUACCAGCUCACGGGGACACAAAGGAUGUCUUCCAGGAGAUUGAGCUGGGAUACUUGCCCAAGGAGUGGGAGGUGGGCGAAGCGCCGUCGACCAUCGAGCACUACUACGCCCCAUUGAUUCGCGUGCCCAUCUUCCAGCCGCCCUUGGACUCGCACGCCUCGGAUGGCAUCGCCACUCGGAUGUACCUGGCCGAGCAGGAGGACCACGGCCGUCAUGAAGCGGGAGACUUCUGGUACGUCUAUGGUGCUUCGAGCAUGCCCGUGGUGAACGCCACCAUGCCCGAGUACCGCUUCUUUGAGAAGGACGGCGAAUGGGUGCGCGCACCUAAGAGCCGACGAGCGCUGGCGCACAUCGUGAUCACCUUGGAGGACUUCACCAAAUAUGAGUACCGAGUGCAGCCUGUGAUUUACCCUUUGCUCUCGCUCUUCAGUCAGGUGAGCGGUGUGUGCGCGCUCUUUUGUUGGGCCUUCUUCAAGAGUCCGCUGAUGGGCCGGAAACUGAUCGCCGAGGCGGAAGAGGGGCCGUCGCCCGUGUCCGAAGCCGGGCGGCGGCCUGGCCGUGUGGCGACGCACCAGGGCGCAGAAUACCGGACCAUUGCAGAUGCAGAAGAGGAGGAGCAACAGGGCUUGCUCGACGCCUCGACUGCUCGGAACCCGGAGACGUCGCUGUUGGAAGCUGCGGAAGGUGAAGGGCUGUGA